GUUUAUCAGUAACGUAGUCAUCUCAAAGCCGGAUGGUUCCUCACUCAUCUCUCACUCGAUCUAAGUGUGAUAAUAAGACCAAAUCAUGGGUUCGUUGAUGCGAAACAUAGCACUGACGCGGAAAGCAAAACACAUAUCAAUACGACUUCCUCCUUUAAAACUGCCUCACGCAAGAAAAAUUUCAACUCGCUCAAAAGUUUACAAUUCCAGGGUCCAACCGGCCAACGAAGGGUAAGAAGAUUUAAAUGAUUAUCACAGGUUUAUGGUCAGUACAAUUAUACUCGUAGUUACACAGUCGCGGCAGGUGGCAAAGCCCCUCGCUCUCGCUUCUCUUUUCGAGUACGUGCAUGCCACUCGUUCGUGAAUUUACAUGAUGGAGAGCUUGCUUUCAGGCUAGAGGCUAGACUUCCUUAUAGUCCUUCGCGUCUCAUUCCCGGUUCUGGUAGGCUCGCUUUUGCCACUGAAAGCAUAAAAAAACUACCGCUCGCGAUUCGCGCCACGCUUGUGAAAAAAUUUGAGCUCGACUCGUAGCAGCUUGUAGGCAAGUCUAGCUAGAAAUUCAAAAUUAAAACCAUUCCAUUUUCAAAUUAAGACGUGACUCGAAUUAUCAACGGAUAACCCGUCUCACACGAAUAAUCCGUGAAAACGGCCAUUUCUGUUAUAAAUGAAUGUCGCGCCCAGUCCUUGAGUUGCGCGUUCGCGUGUCUGCUUUUGCUUUUUCACAAAGAUUAUGUUUAAAUUGACUAUUGACAUUUCUAUGCGUAAAACAAAAUUAGAAGUGGGAUGCUUUACAAAAAGUAUUACAGUCGACUCCCGAUAAUUCGAACCAACAUCGGGAGUUUGAGGCAAAUAGCCGGAAGUAAGGAAAUAAGCAAGUUGUUGGGAAUUGCGAAGUAUGCAGGAAUGGACACUGAAUUUGAACUGGAGUAGCCUGAGUAUCAGGCCUUCCUAAUGGGCUAGGGGAGAGGAGAUUUUACAUCGGGGAGUGGGGAGAGGGGAGAAGAGAACGGAAAAGAGAAGGGGAAGAGAAGCGACGACCGGAAAUGCGUCUGCUGUUCGCAGGCUACGCCAUUGAGACCCUCUAAAAUUGGAGUUUCUUAUGUGAUUGAAUCGAUUGCAUUUGGUGAGUUCGCAAAGAGUUAAUUAUCUUUUGUUUCAUUUUGGGUAAGUCUCAAGACACUGAAAACCAUACCCUGUUCAGUGACACAUACCCGUUUGGGUCAAAUAAAGGAUUGCCUCCGGCGGGACUGUCAACUCAGAAGUAGUAUUCUCUUUCCCAUCACUAGCACUUGCACUCGUCUUGUUGAUCAAGCGCCACGGAGAAGGGGUGAACCUUCUUACGCUGAUAGAGUUCGACCACAAAUUUCAGGGCAGAAUGCAGUGAGAGUCAGUCCAACCCCCUAGAGAACAGCGAUCUUAGACGAAUGGGCUAAAACUAGAUUUGGUGGGAAUGCCUCUAUCUGUUUAUGGCGUGAAUAGCGUGACGAAUGCUAAUGCGCCUGCGUGCAUUUACAUUACAAACUGCUGCUACAAGCCUAUAGACAGGCUAAUUAUCCAGUACACGUUUAUCAGUAACGUGAUGAUCUCAAAGCCGGAUGGUUCCUCACUCAUCUCUCACUCGAUCUAAGUGUGAUAAUAAGACCAAAUCAUGGGUUCCUUGAUGCGAAACAUAGCACUGACGCGGAAAGCAAAACACAUAUCAAUACGACUUCCUCCUUUAAAACUGCCUCACGCAAGAAAAAUUUCAACUCGCACAAAAGUUUACAAUUCCAGGGUCCAACCGGCCAACGAAGGGUAAGUAGAUUUAAAUGAUUAUCACAGGUUUAUGGUCAGUACAAAUUAUACUCGUAGUUAUACAGUCGCGGCAGGUGACAAAGCCCCUCGCUCUCGCUUCUCUUUUCGCGUACGUGCAUGCCACUCGUUCGUGAAUUUACAUGAUGGAGAGCUUGCUUUCAGGCUAGAGGCUAGACUUCCUUAUAGUCCUUCGCUUCUCAUUCCCGGUUCUGGUAGGCUCGCUUUUGCCACUGAAAGCAUAAAAAAACUACCGCUCGCGAUUCGCGCCACGCUUGUGAAAAAAUUUGAGCUCGACUCGUAGCAGCUUGUAGGCAAGUCUAGCUAGAGGCCUUUACUGGUGACUUGAGCAGAAGGGUAGUAGGUACCUCUUUUUACAAAAAUUGCUUGUCAAGGUUCUUACGCUGCUUACGCUCUUCUUUAUCAUUGCCGUGUAUGCUAGUCUGCUACACAGCCGUUUUUAAUGACGUCAGGCAACGCUUCUCCCCACAGGAUUUCGGCAUUAAACCAUGAUCGCGAAUUUUGAUAGUAUCCAAUUUAUGUAAGACUUCAUAUAAUAUCCUAAGCCAUUCCCAUUGGGAGCGGGGUCAAUUGUCGGAGGAGGGGGUCUUUUGAAAUUUGGGGGUGGGGUGGGGGUAGUGAAAAAGAGAGAGCCUCCAGAUUUUAGAUCUCCAGAGCAUUGAGUCAAUCCUGGUUCAUGUCCCGAUCUUUCAGACACGCCAUAAACUCAUAGGCUCCUGACCUCCUAUGCAUCAGUCAAUUACAGCUGCGCCCAUGCCCCCCUUCCGGGCUAACCCCACGGCAUUAGCCUUUUUUUUGCCUUGGAAGGCAACUCUCGGGGGCGGGGACACUAGAGCUACCAAAUGCCCCGCGGUGGGAACGAAAAAAGAGGCUAUCGCGUAGUCGAGUAGUGCCACUUAAAUUAUUCAUGUGCGCUUUGUGGUUUCAGUUAACGCCUGACUUUCUACAAAAGACUUAUCAUACAACAACACCACUGGUUUUUACUUUUGAUUAAAUGAAUUAUAUUAAAUUCUAAUUAAAUUUUAUGAAUGUUAAAAGCUUCAAAGUCAUAAUAAAUCGAUUUCAUUUCAAUAAAUUUGGAGGGGGGGGGAGGCUCAUAUUCGUUGGGGGCUUAUAAUCGGAUGUAUUAUUUUGUUUGUCAGUGAAAGGGCCUAUAGCCGGAGAUUAUAAGUGGGGGAGCUUAUAAGCGGCAGUUUACGGUAUUCAAUUAGUGUGUUUACAUCGUUACAGGUUAAAGUAUAGUUACUCUCACGGGACUUCUACCAAACCUCUGCUGGGUGACACAAUUGGAGAAAGAUUUGAUAAGGUUGUAGAGAGGUUCCCGGAGAGAGAGGCGUAUAUCUUCUGUGAAGAUGGACAUCGAGCAACUUUUUCAGAGUUUAAACAUGAGGUAAGAAUAUACAGUUGAACUUCUCUCCAACGGCCACCUUGGGACAAAAGAAAAUGGCCGUUGUAGAGAGAUGGCCGUUGUAGAAAGGUCUAAACCAGAGUCAAUGACGUAAUAUAAACGCUUGAAAGGACAUUAAACCCACUCUGCAGCACAAAAGCAAAUCAACAAUGGUUUCCACGACACCACGAAACACCCGCGAAGUGAGAAGAACACAAGAGUAAACGGGGAUCGUGGAUCUAAAAUCUGCAGCCUCCCUUGUAGACGUUUUUUUGACACGCCAUGAUAGGCCUCUGACCUAAGCCACGUAGGUCAAGGGCGCACAAGCAGUCGAACGAAAGGUCUGGAACGAGGGUGAAAACGGAGAUUGAGACUAAAAAAGGAAACUCGAAAAAUGUCUUUUUCGCACACCAUUGGGGCGUGUGACAUUGUGCGAGGAUCGCGCGCCGGAUCUCACGGCUGGCGCUCCACGCCUUGAAUACCAAUUUUUUAACCAACUGCUUUGCAAUCUAAGAAAACCAUUGCAAACAUAUAUAAUUCCUGUUAUUAUCUUCCAGGUCGAUCAACUUGCUGUGGGGCUUAUUUCUCGAGGUCUUACAAAAGGUGAUCGAUUGGCAAUCUGGUUACCUAACAGCAGAGACUGGAUCCUCACACAGUUUGCUGCUGCUCGAAUUGGACUGAUACUGGUAGGUGCGUGUUAUCUCGAUAAGUAAGGACGUUAAGAUCCGACGACGGCGACGGCGACGGCGACGGCAACGAAAACAUCAAAACAACAACCCUGCACGCGCAACGCACUUUUUUGUAUAUUUCCUUGCCUUUGUUGCACGACUACGACUUGAAACUGCCUAAUGUCACUUGUUAAGCAUGGCGGACGUAAGUAAGGCUGACGAAAUUUUCCUUUUCUUUCUGAAGUUGGAUAUGCAUGGUUCUUAGGAAUUGUAAUCCAGGAAUGACAAAGUUGGCGAGUUGGAAUAAUCGCGAUGAAGACUGAAUGAAUUCGAAUUUACUUUUUAAGGGACGUUUUCAGUUUCGCGUGCCAUCCUCUUCCUCGGAUCGUAAAGGUCCCUGGUGUGAAAACGAGAACCUUAAGGGUAGAAGUUAAGGGUUAAAAGGGUACAUUGGGGAAAAUUGGCAGCGCGAGCAGUACACUGGGUCCAUAUUAUAUGUGGCAGAGAGUUGUCUCACAUCUUCUGGGUUCGUUUUUGACACAGGUUUGUUUAAAUCCUGCAUACCAACAGUUCGAAGCUGAAUACAUUUUAAAGAAGGUAAGUCAGACAAUUAUAAACGCCGGUUUAAGGUAUGUUUUGCAUUUCUUGGUCGUCUUUUCAUUUCUACUCCUGAGUCUCAUGCCCUGUAGUCCCCAGCCAACCUCGUUCCCAAGCUUGUCUGGAGCUAUCGCGCUCGUCUCCAGGCUUUUUCCGCUCACUCGGAUAGCGCGAAUUAGCCUGGGGACUAGGCUGCUCUGUAAUAUUUUUCCGAUUCGCAAAACUGGUCGUUUAAAAUGGGAAUUGAAUUGUGAUUAAGUUUGAAAGUUGUCGCGUUCUUUCGAACUUUCAGUAAUUAUAAAUAUCGUUUUUCGUUUUAAGGCAGGAUGUAAAGCGGUAAUAAUAGCAGAUGAAUUUAAAACACAGAAUUUUUACAGCAUGAUGGCAAGCAUAGUACCAGAACUACCUGAGGCAAAACCAGGAAGUCUUUACAGUACAAGGUUGUUAUGCUCGGGUUGAUACUUAGCCUGUGCCACAGACGAAGCUAAACUCUGGUUAAUUUACUAACCGAGGUUAAAUUGCGUCAGGGACGCAGGCUAGGUUACACUAUACCAAUAUUAGUACUGAAGCACACCUACCAACUCCGCAGUAUGACCAUUACCUUACGCAUGCGCACAACCAUAUCACCCGGGCACAUUGAACAUCUUAACUGAAUACAAGGAGCCGCAAAAUAACAUGUUUCAACUGUGGCUGGUCGCUUACUGGAAACUUCAAGCAAAUUAAAGUACUUGAGUACUGUGUAGCUAUUCUCUUUGCGAUAACUUUGAAGCAAUAUUCAGUGAUAAGUAAAUUGAGCAGCUGAUUGGUUAGUUCGUUUUAGACCCCGUUUACACGCUUGUCCAGUCAAAUUUUUGAACAGACGAAUUUUUUACCUGUGCAACGCGUUUACACGGGACCUACUUCUGAUCAGGUGAAAAACUGGCAGCCUCGUACCCAGGGCAGUUCGCGCUCUCCGAGUUACCAGAGGAGGCCUGGAACCGAGUGCGAUAGCUCGGCGAAUUUUCCCGACAAACUUAACAGGAGACGUCACAUCCGAAAUCGUCGAGGACGACUGGGAACGACGCUGAAAAACUGGAACAUUUUGCCAUUCAAAAACUGGCAAGGUUCCGCGGGUCCCGUGUAAACACAUGCACGUUUUUGGUCGCUCAAAAAUUUGUCUGGAGCCAUGUAAAGGCGGGAGGCCUUAUUCAUCUCCAUUUUGGACACAUGUGCCAGAAAACGAAAGUAGAUUUAAGUCAGUACAUAUGGAGAAGAUGGGAAGUACAUAGGGUAUAACAAAAAGUAAAAAACGAUAGAUAAUUCAAAGUUGAACUUACUUGAAGUAUUCAAUCACACUCGGCUCACAAACACAGGCCAGGCACACACGCAAAAACCGAUUUCAGCCUAGCUUGAUUGAAGUAAAAGCCUGUCCAGAUCUGUUGACAAAAGUAAAAAGGUGAUUCUUAUCCUAAAGUGCUUUCGUUUUGACAGUAUUUGAAAGCUGGUUGCGUAAUUUUCUUAACUCUCUCCUUUGUUUUUGUUAUAACUUAGACUGCCGGAGCUGAGAGAUGUGUUUAUUGUGAACAAAACUAGUGAACCAUUCAGGUCAGUAUCUCAUACACCACAGUCGUUUACCAUACGUCUGGUUGUACAAACAAUCUAUUGUAGGUUUUCAUUGCUGCAGUAAAACAAGCAUUGGCAGAGCAGUCAGCGGUGUUUAAGGUCUAAAGCGAAUUAACAACAGAGCCUUUCAUUUCACCUAAAAGUAACGAAAAUACAGAUGGAAAAUUAUAGGGUUACGGGACUUUCACAACAGGAUAGAGGAUAUUUAGACAAGAGAUUUGAGGAAAUGGAGUGUCAGAGAAGCCUUCCUUGACUAGAACAAGAGGUAUGUAUAGUGAUCGAUAAGAAAUACUACAGAGCUGGAGCAAAAUACUUACAAAUAAGAUUGUUUGCAUUUUUGUGUCGAAUUUUAACGAUUUUGAGCCCUCGCAAGGAGCCUCCUUUUAAGAAGAAAACCCUUCUCUUUCCUCAAAAUAACGUCAUCCUAAAUAGUUUUUGGUAUUAUAGGGAUACAAAGCAUUGUAAGCAAAGCGGCUUUGGAAAUUCAGACCACAGAUUUAAUGGAUACGAGAUAUGCAGAGCCCCCUUGAUGGAACCUCGAGGAGCUUAUUCAAGAUGUAUUCUAUUUGCUUAGCAGGCCCUUGCGUGGGAAGUAAUGGGCUCAAGAAAGAACGAGACGCCUGAUGGAGAUACUCGAGACACCCUUCCCUCGAGUAUCUCCCUCGCUCGGCCCUUCCUUUCUUGCGCCUUCUUUGCGUGUUCUUUCAAGCGCCUGUUACGCAGGCUGAGUGUAUUAAGGAGAUGAAACACUCUCGCAAAUUGUACACAGUAAGAAGUAACGUAAAUGUACGAGUUAAUUAAAAAAGGUGGCCCAUGGUCCAAAAUCCCGCUGAGAAUGAUUGGUAAAUGUGAUUAAACCUGACAGGGGAACUACUCCAUUUAAAGAGCUGAAAAAUGGAUCUGUUGAUGUAGAUGUUUCACAAAAGAUGAAGGAGCUAAAGAGAAUGAUACAGUUUGAUGAUCCUGCUUGUCUUCUUUUUACAUCGGUGAGUCCACAAACAGGUUUUAUCUUAAUAAUUUUAGAGAAUUUCAAAAUAAAAUGCGCUUUGGUUCAGAGCAUUGGAGUGGGGUGUUACAGCGCGACUUCUCGAACCUGCGAGGCACUUAGAAGAAGAUUACCCAAUCACAACGUAUUUUGAAAGCAAAACUCUCAAGUUUUUUUUUCAAAUGAAAUAAUAACAUUCAUAAAUUUGAGGGCUUUUUCCUGAGAGGUGAGGUGCGUUCAAACGGUUUUAAAGUUUUCAACGGUUGGAUAGUUGAACCUUGAUGUCAUUUGGUCCGUUUGCAAAAAAAAUUUGAGAAUCUAUUGUUUUCCAAAAACCGUUGUGAUUGGAUAAUCUUCUUCCAAGUGCCCCGGUUCAAGUAGUCGCACUGUAAUCUCCCCAUCACCUGGAGGCGAUCGGCGAGGUCAGGUGUUGGUCAGGUGUAAUUCGCUGGCUGAAUUCAUUUUUUCUUUCUUCUGGUUAUGCCUUUUAUUUUUGUCGUAGAUUCAAGGUUUUCGGGAGAAAGAUCAAUUGUAUCAGUCCGCCGAUACAUAAAGAUACUAAAAAGAUGACAACUCCGACAUUUACCUGGCAAUUCAAAUAGAAACUACUGGGCAGUAACCAUAAUACUGUGACUCGUUCCCAGUUUUUCCCAAUACCCUUAAAUCUUUAUAUUUCGAAUGUUAUGCAACAAUGCCGAUGCUCAUAAUUCGAGCUUGGGCUACCUGUGGUUUGCUGAACUAUACAAGGUGGUUUCGCUGACUAAUUCUGAGGAUGGAGUACCGAUUAUAAUUACUAAAUACCAGGUUCUUUAAUUUUCACGUAAUNUGCGUUCAAACGGUUUUAAAGUUUUCAACGGUUGGAUAGUUGAACCUUGAUGUCAUUUGGUCCGUUUGCAAAAAAAAUUUGAGAAUCUAUUGUUUUCCAAAAACCGUUGUGAUUGGAUAAUCUUCUUCCAAGUGCCCCGGUUCAAGUAGUCGCACUGUAAUCUCCCCAUCACCUGGAGGCGAUCGGCGAGGUCAGGUGUUGGUCAGGUGUAAUUCGCUGGCUGAAUUCAUUUUUUCUUUCUUCUGGUUAUGCCUUUUAUUUUUGUCGUAGAUUCAAGGUUUUCGGGAGAAAGAUCAAUUGUAUCAGUCCGCCGAUACAUAAAGAUACUAAAAAGAUGACAACUCCGACAUUUACCUGGCAAUUCAAAUAGAAACUACUGGGCAGUAACCAUAAUACUGUGACUCGUUCCCAGUUUUUCCCAAUACCCUUAAAUCUUUAUAUUUCGAAUGUUAUGCAACAAUGCCGAUGCUCAUAAUUCGAGCUUGGGCUACCUGUGGUUUGCUGAACUAUACAAGGUGGUUUCGCUGACUAAUUCUGAGGAUGGAGUACCGAUUAUAAUUACUAAAUACCAGGUUCUUUAAUUUUCACGUAAUCAAGACAGGACAUUGUUUGUGUGCUAAUUCUGCAGGGAACAACUGGACAUCCCAAAGGUGUUACGUUGACUCAUCAUAAUUUAGUUAACAAUGCUGUGCUGGUGGGAGAGAACAUGAACUUCCAAGAGGUUAGAGAAGAAAUAGUUUUCUUCUUCAACAGGAGAGUAAAACGCUGGGAGGCGUGCUCAGUAAUCAGAUAUAAAAUUAUGACACAGUUAAGACGUUUUAUUUCCGACUGCAUCAAACGAUUCCUACUUUGUCAAUUCUUGUAACACGAGAAAAAAAUCCUCCCAGUCAUGUUCCAACUGAAGCAGUUGCGAGAAAGAGCCUCAAAAAGUUCAGGCUUAAACUGGUUUCAAACCCAUGACCUCUACGUUUUUCGUGCAGGGGACCGUUUCUCCAAAUGUCCCGAUAACUUUUCGGGCCGGAAAUCAAAUAUUCAAAUCGAAAUAAAAAGAAUAAGAGGCAGAGCGCGGGUCCUGGCUAGCAAAACACUCCAUUUUGUUCCAUUAACUGAUAGUUUCAUCAUGUUAGAUGCAAAGCUAUUGAAACUUCUAUCUUGCAUGUAAACAACAAUAGCUUUAUGGGCCCGUUAAUUAUCGGGACUUUCGAGAAAUGGGCCCCAGCGCUCUUACCACUAAGCUAUCGUGCCAACUGGGAUCUGGGAGUUGGUCCCUUUGGUCAAUUCCUGUUAUCCAGAAGCUUUGUUUACAAUUUUAUGCUGUUAACAAACUGAACAUGGCUUACGUAUCUGCCUUAACCCUUUAAGCCCUAAGAGUGACCAGCAUCAAAUUUCUCCUUCUAAUAUCAAUGCUUUGUAAAACAGAGUGGUCAUGAGAAUUACGGACAUGAUCACACAAGAUGAAUUUGCUUGAUAAUUUAUCAACUUCUCCCCACUACUUCUGUAGGAAAUAAAUAGGAGCAACAAAUGAGAAUUCAAAUUUUGAUCCUAGAGUUUAAAGGGUUAACUUUGACGUUUUUGUCUUUCUUUGUAUUCAGCCGGGAAGAGUCUGUUCUCCUUGGCCUCUAUUCCACUGCGCUGGUCUCUCUGUUACCAGGUUAUAAUGUUUUGUACUCUUUUCGUUACUUUGCCAUUUGAAGACCUGCAAUAUUCAAAUUUAUUUCUUUAAACGUCUCUCUGGGUUUCUCUGCUUUCCACCUUCUAGAUAAAAGGGAGUAUUAGCAUCGACGACGGCGACCGCAGCAAAAACGUCACUUUUAAAAUUAAUGAGCGUUUUUUUAAACUUUGUCGCGUUUAUUCCAGUUCGCUGAAAAAGUCUAAUGUAGGCAAGUAUCCCUGGAGUUGAUUUCUUGGGGACCGCACUCAAGUUCAGAAAGAGAAAGAAAAUUUAAUUGUCGCUUGUUUACGUCCUCCAUAAAACGCGAAAUUAGGCAUUUUCACAUCGUAGUCGUGCAUUAACGGCAAAGAAGUAUACAAAAAAGCGUUAUGUACGUUUCAAACUUGUUGUUUUGCCAUUGCUGUUUUGAUGUUCUCGNUUUUGUACUCUUUUCGUUACUUUGCCAUUUGAAGACCUGCAAUAUUCAAAUUUAUUUCUUUAAACGUCUCUCUGGGUUUCUCUGCUUUCCACCUUCUAGAUAAAAGGGAGUAUUAGCAUCGACGACGGCGACCGCAGCAAAAACGUCACUUUUAAAAUUAAUGAGCGUUUUUUUAAACUUUGUCGCGUUUAUUCCAGUUCGCUGAAAAAGUCUAAUGUAGGCAAGUAUCCCUGGAGUUGAUUUCUUGGGGACCGCACUCAAGUUCAGAAAGAGAAAGAAAAUUUAAUUGUCGCUUGUUUACGUCCUCCAUAAAACGCGAAAUUAGGCAUUUUCACAUCGUAGUCGUGCAUUAACGGCAAAGAAGUAUACAAAAAAGCGUUAUGUACGUUUCAAACUUGUUGUUUUGCCAUUGCUGUUUUGAUGUUCUCGUUGCCGUCGCCGUCGUCGUUGGGAAAACUCGAAAGUGAGGCUGCCACAUUAUCAGGUUGUGGGCGACCAAUUAGGCUGAAAACUGAAGACGUCUUUAUUAAGACAACAGUCAUAAUCAAGAUAAACUAAAUGAUUGCUGAAGUCUUUAAAUAAUUCGUUUAUUAUUGAGGUGUUAAACUCAUAACUGUUCAUUCUGUAAGUCUGAACUUUAAUCCACCUUCGUGAAAGUGAUACAUAGGAUGUUUUUUAAAAAAAAAAAAGUUGUGUGUUGGCAUUACGGGGCAGUCUUUAUAAGCUCAGUUUCCUACAUUAAUUAAUAAUUCCGCCAAAUAAGAAUUGCCUUUAUGUUUUGGUGCAGUAUGGUUUGCAUGGAAUGGGGAGCAACUGCUGUCUACCCAUCUCGUGGAUAUAACAGCACAGCUACUCUGAGGGCUGUUCACGAUGAGAAGUAAGUGAGUUUUCAUUGACAAUUACGAACAUGUGUGGCAGUUCAACUAGUUCGCAUUUUAGUCACAUUUGGCAAACUAAGAGAAUUGUUUAUCCAUCCAAAGACUUUUUUUUGCACGCUUCGCUGUUCAUCGGGUAUUGCCUUAGAAUUACACAGCUUAUCUGGUUUCCCUGUGCCUAAUCAUGUAUUUGCUUCUUAUUUUAAUUUACAGGUGUGAUACUCUGUAUGGAACCCCCUCAAUGUUCCUUGAUGCCCUCGCCAAUCCCGAUUUGGACAAGUUUGAUCUUUCCACUCUACGAAAGGGUAUUGCUGCAAAAACAAGCGACAAGUGUAACCUGCCUAGCAGGCGCUUGCAAGUAAUAUGGGCGCAAGAAAGAACCUGGCGCGCGAGGGGACACUAGCGAAGAGAGUGGGCGUGUGUCCGUCGCGCACUCCGUUCUCGCUCUCAGUAAUAACUUCCAACCGUCUGCUACAUAGGGUAAAAGAAGUGGUCAGAAAAUGUGGCGCAAUAAACCAUGAAAACAGAAUACUAGAAUGUAAAAAGAACCGCGCCAGGUUUGGGGAAAGAUUUUGCUUUUUAUCUGAGGCUCUCCGUAGGCAGUACCAGAAAAUCCUGCUCAGUAGCUCUUGAUGAGUAAUUGAUCACUCAUGAUUAGGAAAACUUUUAUGCCAGAGUCCGAUUCUAUAUAUAAAAAGGUUAUGCUUGGCUUCGAGGCUAAGAGGAACAAAACACUUCUCUCGUUCCAUUUCUUUCGCUUUUUCCCUUUGCCUCAAAGCCAAAUGUGAAUUUCAAUGCACGGAAAUUAGCCUGAACACGCAUUUUUCCUGUUCUUUAGAGCAGAAUCAGAGAAACAUCCAUCCACACUUUCUAAGAAAAUUGUCUAAUUUUUGUCUUUCUACUGACUUGUAGGGCUCACUGGAGCAUCAUCGUGUUCUGCUGAACUAAUGAAGCAAGUUGUAUCCACUUUGAAAGUACAAUUAACGGUAAAUUUCUUUUUAUGUUUUUUAUCCAGUUACUUGUAUACGUACGUACAGUGGAACCUCGAUAUAACGAACCUCUAUGACUAUAUAACGAAGUCCCUGAUGUAACGAACGAUUUUCUUUACCCCAAUAACAGUAGAAUAUAUGAAAAAGCACUGAAAAAGAAUCACGAUAUAACGAAACCUGGUUAUAGCAAACAAAUUUUGUCAGCGCCUUGCCCCUUCAUUACUGAAUCGAGGUUCCACUGUAGUAUGGUACUAAAGCUUAGUGGAUUUUUUAAGCACUCCCCCUAAAAGCAAACAGCAGGGUGGACGAGCUCACUCGUGUCAGGUAACAGACUGAAUUCAACCAUAAAAUCAAGAUGGCGACUGCAUAACAUUACAACUCGCGGCUACGCCAUGCUGACUUGACUCUCUGGUUCUCUGACGUUUUGUCGCAUAUCAAUAGGCCUCUGUCAAGAAACAAUACUCACGAGAUAUACUAAGUCGCAUAUCUGGGAAAGGCGUACAGCAGUCGAAACAUCUGUCCAAAGGUACGGCUGCCACAGUCUGAACAAUAUGCCUUUGCCUAUGCCUAGCUUCUGGUGAAGUAAACCUCCUGAGGGUACCUACUAAUCCAUUUAUGACGCCCCGAAACGGUUCUUUGCGGGACCUUUUUCUGAUGGCCUUCAUCAAUCACACCUGUAACUUGAAUUUUCGCUUUUCAGCUAUUAAUUGUAAACUUAUUUAGUCCAACUUCUUUAUUUGUUGGUAGAAUACUUGUACCGUUUUCCCUGUUAUAGAUUGUCUACGGCUGUACAGAAUCCAGCCCGUUGGUUUCUGGAACAUCAAUAGCCAGUUCAGACGAAAAUGAAUUGUCCACAGUGGGAAAGGUGUUUCCACACACAGAGGUCAGAUGUGCCCACUGUUAAAGCCACUUCCUUUCACCCAAAUUAAAGCAUGAUUCAGAGUAUAAAUACAAACCAUGAAAACAACACAAGAAUUGAAUUAGUGUCCUCUGCAAGCAUGCAAUCCAUGCAGUGUUUUUAAGGGCUUGUAUGCUUUGAUAAAUUGAGUUCACUUGCAGGCAUUUUCGAAAGGAUGUGGUAGAAGUGUAAUUACUCCUACAUUUAUAAUCGUGCCAAUCACUUUGAGAGCCUCUUAUAAGCUAGUACUUCAAGACUUCGUUAAAGAGAAGCUGCUUAAUUUACGUUUCAAUGUAUUUAGCACGACCGUACCAAUUGAGGAUACUCUUUUUAAGUCUUUUUCUGAAGAUCUGUCGGCAUUUCUACGAGCCACGCGAUCACCUAGCCAUUUCUAGGGCAAAGCCAAAACCUUCAUGCCGUCUCAUUCAAGGCCCCGAGUAUCGGUCCGGCCCAGACAGUCUAACCCAUGUCAGUCUAGCGCUCUACCGACUAAGCUAACCUGCUUGAAAUCCCCAGGCUACAUGCAGACCACACAAGUAACUCAAAGCCAUCGCCGGGCUUUAUUAUCUUGAAACAGGCAGUAUCCUUAGAACAGGACAAAAUACGUUCUUUUUACCUUCACUGUUAACUCAGAAUUUCGGGGUUACGGUGUGUAUUAAAUUUGUUUUUCCUUCCAAAUAACUUUAAGGAGAAAAACGAAAAUUAUGCAAUCUCCCUUUCCGUACGCGGCGAUUACUUUAGUUGUUUCCGCGAUAACAGUGGUUUUUCUAACACUCGGGAAAAACGUCUUCGAUUUCAUUCUUCUCGCGUGUCAGUAAUUAUCAUUGUUUGUUUCUUUCUUUUGUUCCUUAAUAGAUAAAAAUUGUGGACAGAGAAGGGAGUGUAGUGCCGGUCAAUACCACUGGGGAAGUUUGUAUCCGAGGGUACUGCGUCAUGAUGGGAUAUUGGGGGGAGAAAGAACAGACGGAGAAAGCUGUGGGACCGACCGGAUGGUUACACACCGGGUAGGAGUCCACGAGUAAAGUACGGUCUGUUACUCAUGCUUAGCCUGCGUGGCAGGCUUGGAAGGAGGGGAUCGGAGGGGAAGAGAGGGGGAAAGGGAGAGUGGAUUAGGGUGAGACGCCUGUUAAUUUCUGCGGACCUUGUCCGGCUGGUGUCCGCAGAUGUCUGAUUGGCUGAGCUACAAUUACUAACUUAUUGACAUGUAUUAGGUAAGAAACAACCAUGAUACAGGCUCCCUCUCCCUUCUUCCUUUCUAGCUGUUCUCCUUUUCUCCCUUCCCCUUUUUUCACGCCUGCCAUCCAUGCUACACAUACCUGGAUCAACAUGCAUCCGCCAAUUAUUUUUUCGCGGUGAGGUGCUGAAGGAAGAAAGAAUAGUCGGAGAAAAUAGUCCCCAACCCUACCGGGUGAGGUUCUGCUAGAGUAUUAGCUAAUAAUAUCACAGAAAAAAUAUGUUUCUGGAGUAUUAUUGAAAAUGGGAAGUGGCAACGGUCCACUCUUGAUAUGGGGGAAAAAGUCCGUGAGUAUAUCGUGUCUUUUGAUACUCCUGGGGGGAAAUAUGUAAAAGGGAAUUGGGUUAUGAUACCAUGACUUCACUCAUUGGUGAUUCGGUUUUGUUGAUGCCCUUUUCACCUUUCUUAGUUUUUCAUUUCAAAAUCUAAGAAUACGAUUAACAAAUGUUAUUUCACUUUUGUCAACAGCGACCUCGGGACGAUGGAUGAGCGUGGCUACUUGAGAAUUGCAGGAAGACUUAAGGUAAACGUGCAGGUUGAGCUGACCAGCAUCUGACAUUCAAAAAACAGAAAGUAAGGCAUUUGAAAAACAACGCUUACAUGAACAUACCAAUGCAGCACGGAAGUAUUAUCACUUACCUGUCUUUUGUUUGUUAUUCAGUCAGUCAAUCAAUCAAUCAACCAAUCAUUAAGUCAGUCAAAUUGUCAGUGAGUCAGUCGGUCAAUCCGUCAGUGAGUCAGUGAGUCAGUAAGUCAAUCAGUCAGUGAGUCAGUCAAUCAAUCGGUCAGUCAAUCCGUCAAUCAGUCAGUGAAUCAGUCAGUCGGUCAGUCAGUCAAUCAGCUAAUCAGUCAGUCACUCACUCAGUCAAUCAGUCAAUCGAUCAGUCCUUAUGACCGUCUCAUGUCUGUUGUUUGUUGGUCUGUCUGCACUUUUUAGUCCUCCACGUUUAGUGCUGAUCCCUCAUUCAGUAUUCUUACCUAUGUCUCAAUUCAUGCAACAGGAUUUAAUUAUUCGAGGAGGGCAAAACGUUUAUCCAGCUGAAGUUGAAUACUUUCUGCAUACUCAUCCAAAGAUACAAGAUGCUCAGGUAAAACGCAUUAUUGAGGCAGGGGUAUGUAAGGCUUACUGCAAAAUAUCGUGAUUUGUCAGUGGCGAGCAGAUCAAUUAUUUGCCGAGUUUGUUUUUUAAUGAAUACAGUCAUGGAUUGCAGACGAUCUGCCAUUUUCACGCCAGAGCAGUUGCAAGAAGGAGAAAAGCGUUGUUUCACUUUUACGCAUGAGCAGAAUAUUAUUUGCAGCCAAGCACUGCACAUAAGCAGACGAUUAUUUAUAGGCAGCUAUAUGCAGGUCACGUGGUGAGCCCUCAACCAAUGAAAUGGAAGAAAAACAAAUAAAUAAAAUAAAUAAAUAACGGUCUUAAGGUAGCGCAUCCACUAAGUGGUUCUUCGUCCGCCCGAUUCUUGGUCGAAUUGGAAUUUUAAAAUGUUGGUUUUUAAGGGGAGGGGAAAACUGGAGUACCCGGAGAAAAACCUCUCGGAGGAAAGGAGAGAACCAACAACAAACUCAACUCACAAAUAGCGUCGUCGCCGGGAUUUGACCCCGGGCCACAAUGGUGGGAGGCGAGUGUACUUACCACUGCGCUACCCUUGCUCCCAAAUUUGCGUCGAAUGAUGAAAGAAUUUAAUAAUCCUCGAACUUUCUUAUUUGAGGUUCGAAUCUAAAUUGGGGUCUUAAUCAAUCCAAUGCUCCUCAGGGUGAUCGGACUCUGCUAUGUUCGCUUAGGUUUUGUUCAUCUAAUGCCAGAUUUUCUUUAAUCGAUAAGGUGAUAAGUGUCCCGGAUGAGAGACUUGGAGAGGAGGUGUGUGCUUGGAUCAAGUAAGUUAACUUGCCUUUAAACUUAGGUUAUAGGCCCAACUGGCCACAUUCCUCAUGGAGUCGUUCCAAUCAUACAUCGUACGUGAGACGGAAAGCAGUGGAAAACCAUACAAUCGCAGACAAAAGUCUUUGGACAAAUCUGCGUUUGUGGGGCGUUUUUAUACUCACUAAGAAGCACAUGCCCAGUUCCGACCCCCACCCUAUACUGAAUCCAUGUACCGACAUAGGUUGGAGGAGGGGUAACUGCAAGACAUUUUUAAAAAGAGAGCACCGCUAGCAUCCUUUCCUAAUGUAUCACUGAUUUAUCGUCAGGCUAUGGAAAGGAGAAACUAUGACUGCUGAAGAAUUAAAAGACUAUUGUAACGGUCAGGUAAGGCCUGUUUAUCGAAUUUCAUGGCCCUCGGUUAGAGAUUCGCGGGGUUUCCACCGCCAGGUCUUUACUAGUAAAAGGAUUCGUUGUAUUUUCUCUAGAGUGCUCAGUACAUGUAUUGAAAAAUACCAGAACGUUUGCGAGAUAUCAUCUUAAACCCACAGACUUUCGAAAGAAGAUACGGUAAAUAAUAUUCAAAAUUCUCACCUUCUCCUCAUUUGAGAAACUUUUUUACACGGAAAAACAGGAGAAUUCUUUAUCAUUUUUUGUAAGACUGUGUAGUUUUGAACCCCAUUUACAGAGCAUGAGGGAUAUUUAGGUUCUGGACGUGUACUGGGUAUAAAUUUAAAACAGGUCCAAUCGGUUAUUAGAUGUCGAAAUAAAGAACGUACGCUUUCCCGCGUGAUGGCCUGUCCUAGUUUAUUCAUCCUUUUGGCGCAUCUGAUUUGGCAAUGUUUAUUCGACAGAUUGCUUAUUACAAGAUCCCUCGUUACAUUAAAUUUGUAGACGAGUAUCCAAUGACAGCUUCUGGAAAGGUGAGGGAAGUGAAAGUCAUUUCCUUGAAGAUGGAUUGUUAGGUCACGUUAGUAGACGUUAUGAUUACUGGUCACGUUUUAAAAGACACGUUAGCAGCAUAGUAGGUACUGUCUUAGACCCGUUAGUAGCACAGUGGGGACUCUUUUAUGCCCCUUCGUAGCAUAGUCCGGACUGUAUUAGACACGUUCGUAGCAUAGUAUACAACUAUUCCGGCCCUGAAGGGGAGGUGAAUAGUGAGACGCGAAGCGUCUAGCGAGGUAUAUUUCUCGAAACCGACCAUGAGGGGGAUAGUUGUUUUAGUAUUUACCAAAUCAGUUGGAUAAAAUGAAAAAAGUAACAUUUUGUAAAUUAAAAACUUUACUUCGUAGGAACUUUGCUAACAAUUUACAAACAUUUCGGGGAUUUUGUCCAGUGCAUUUUUACGAUUUUGUUGCGAAUUCAGCAUGAAAAUAAUUUUCUACCUACCCGUUAACACUGACAAGUCAAAGUUCGUCGCUUUCUUGGUAGUUGUUUGUGCGACUGCUUCGUUUUAAAAAUUAACGCUCAAAUUUCACCUUUCGAAAUUGUCUCGAAACGAGACGCCAUCUUGGCUCCAGUCGCAAAACAGUGAAUAGCCCAAGGAUAUUCCGAGUUAGUUUGUCAAUCAAAAUGCGCGAAAAUUGCUAUUCACUGAUUUGGUAAAUAUUAAUAGGGACUGUUUAAGACCCGGUAGUUGUAUAGUAGGGAUUGUUUUAGACCCGUUAGUAGUAUAAUAGGACCCGUUCGUAGUAUAGUAGGGACUGUUUUAGACACGCUAGUAGUAUAGUAGUGAAUUUUUUAGACCCGUUAGUAGUAUAAUAGGACCCGUUAGUAGUAGAGUAGGGACUGUUUUAGACCCGUUAGUAGUACCGUGAGAAGCCACGCGCGAGUGGUACUCGAAAGAAGAAGACGCUUCGUGGCUUUGUGGCUUGCACCCGUUCACACGUUCACUCAUGGCUUGCUUCGCUAAGCACUCGACAUGGAGACCUUACUUUCAGGCUAGGAGAGAGAAUCAAAUCCCCUGAGGCUAUAUCCACUGCACCAUUAUCUCAGUAAAAAGGUUUUUCAGCCUUUAUUUUAUCCACUGUUUUUUUUUAAAGUGAUUUGGUCCACAGAUUCAUGAUAAAAAAAACUACCCCAAACCGUUCAUCUGAAUGGUCAUACUUGAGGAUUCCAUACAUUGCCUCAAAAAAGUGUACUUCAACCCUGUUUAAUCAACUAAUAGUUCGACGAGAAAGUACUCUAUAUAAUAGUUUCCCUUCGGAUUGACAAAAGUUUCAUCUACUGUGUUUAUUAACGAAUCCACCUGGUGAUUGACAAGGAGGCACCACCGUUCCAUCCGGGGUCCUUAUCAACAGUAUGUUAUAGUACGGUAGUUUUCGCUGUCUUCUAUUUUUCCUCACGCCUUUCACCUUGUUUUUAGGUUAAGAAGUACGUCAUGAAAGAACAAGCAGCAGAAGAGUUUCAAUCCUAUUUAACUUAAGAAAGGCAAACAUCAAAUUGUGAAUAUGGUUGUGCACACCGAAAAUGACA